GCGAGAGAAGUCUCGUGAAGUGGGCGGGUUGAACCGAGGACGCGCGUGGACGCCACCAGCGAGUCUUUGGGCAGACGUCGGCCAGAACGUCACGUUGAAGCAUCCCGAGUGUGCGUGUCUCACUCCACGCAACAAGCUGCCUGCGUACACGCGCAUCCCGGUCAAGUCCACCAUGAGGACGCACGUUUGGAUUUACCAGGCGCUGGUGUGCGCGCUGCUCAGCAUGCUGGAUGCAGGAGUCUGCCGAAAGAGCCGACAGUCUUUGCAGCGCUACGAAAAGUCUGAAAACCAGCUGCUGGUCUGCGCCGAAUGUCCGCAGUUGACCGUGGUGCGCAACAGCUGCUCGCAGGAGCACUGCGCCCGCAAGUGCAAGAAAGUCAAGAAGAACUUCAACUGCAGGGCCUUCAACUUCCACAAGCACAACAGGAAAUGCCACUUGCUUCCCUUCGACCGUUUCAGCCACGGCGCGCAGAAGCAGGCUCACGCCAAUUUCACGCUGUACGAAAAGAAAGAUUACAUAAGGGAGUGCAUCAUGGGACCCAAGGACAACUACAGAGGGAGGAGGUCUUGGACCAAGUCUAACAUAACGUGUCAAGCCUGGUCUGAUAAUAACAUCAAUGAACACACGUUUUAUCCCGAUAGGUACCCGACCCAAGACCUAAGGGAGAACUUCUGCCGGAAUCCCAACAACGACCCCGGUGGUCCGUGGUGCUACACCACCGAUCCCAACGUGCGGGCUGAGGAGUGUGGCGUGCCGCAGUGUUCUGAGGACGUGUGCGUGACGUGCAACGGCGAGGAUUACCGGGGCAAAGUUGACCAAACCGAGAGCGGCAAAGAGUGCCAGAGAUGGGACUCCACUAGGCCCCACAAGCACACAUUUCAGCCUAAAAAGUACAGGGACAAAGGCUUAGCAGACAACUACUGUCGCAACCCGGACAAUCGCCUUCGUCCCUGGUGCUACACCAUGGAUCCCAAGACUCCCUGGGAGUACUGCAACAUCACCUUGUGUGAAUCCGACUCCAGCGAGGAUCCAGAUGUGAACGCGACGACAUUGUGCGUCCGGGGGAAAGGCAGAGAGUACCGCGGCACCAUGAAUGUGACUCCCGAGGGGGUGACGUGUCAGCGCUGGGAUUCGCAGUUCCCCCACCGGCACUCCUUUCUUCCCGUCAACUUCAAAUGCAAGGACCUGCGCGACAACUUCUGCCGCAACCCAGACGGAUCCGAUUACCCGUGGUGCUUCACCAGCGAGCCCAACCAGCGACGGGCCAACUGCACGCACAUCCCCAGGUGUGACGCCCAGGCUGCCAAGAAGACCGAAUGCUACGACAACGAUGGGCAGGCGUACCGGGGCACCUUAGCUGUCACUCGUUCGGGGAUUCCUUGCGCCAACUGGUCCCGUCACAUCAACAGCGGGGAUUCUCACUCUACACUAUCCCAUGUAGGGCUGGACAAGAACUACUGCCGGAACCCGGACCGAGACAAACACGGACCCUGGUGCUAUACUGACCCAAACACCCGCCUGUCUUGGGACUACUGCAAACUGAAGCAGUGUGAUUCCACGCCUCCAAACGCGACGCAAGCGCCACCCGGUCCGGCCCCGACCGUCCCCAAGAUAUCGUGCUUCGUCCACAUCACCACUCGCAUCGUUGGGGGCCACCAAGUGCGAGGAGCAGAUGGCAGCUGGGUCGUCAGCAUCCAAAAGGAAAAGAUCCAUCUGUGCGGAGGCUCUUUGAUCCGAGAAGAUUGGGUGUUGACUGACCAGCAGUGCUUCACAUCCUGCGUUCCCGACCUGAGGGAGUACAGCGUGCAGGUGGGCCUGCGCCACCUGAACGAGUCGUCCCAUCACCCCAGACUUGGAAUUUCUCGCCUUAUCUGCGGCCCGGAAGGAUCCAACCUGGUCAUGCUGAAACUGGCCGAUCCCGCGCCCGUGUCCGAGGGCGCCGCCACCGUCCAUCUUCCCGUCAAAGAAUGCCAUAUUGCCGAGGGCACAAACUGCACCAUGUACGGAUGGGGGGAAACCAAAGAUCGGGAACGGGAGCAGGCGCUGAACGUGGUGACCAUGCCGAUGGUGGACGACGACAAGUGCUCCCGAAUCAAGGGCGACGCCGGACAGAGCAGGAUAUGUGCUGGAGGCAAGAGAGGGGAAGGCGUGUGCGAAAAAGACAACGGCGGUCCGCUGGUGUGCCGGGAGCAGGAGCGCCGAGUGGUGGUGGGCGUGAGCAUCCAGCGCACCAAGUGCGCGUCGUCACGACCGGCGCUCUUUGUCAACGUGGCGUUCUACUCGCAGUGGAUUUACAAAGUCUUCAAGCUUUACCCCAGCCCCGACACGAACUGAUUAAUUUAGGAGGAGGAAGUGUUUUUUGUUUUUUUUUCAGGAGAAAAAAAAAAAACAAUUGCAGACUACCAAAAUGGAAUCUCCACUAUGCAAAUGAAGAUUGUGCGAAGCAAACAUGACAAAGAAUUGUCUCCUGGAAUAUACUUGAAUAAUCCGACGGUGGCCAGCGGAGGACAAGAAGCUUCGGCGGAGGAUUGCUGCUUUCACGCUCGGAGGCUCGUGCUAAUGUUUGCGGCAUGAGCGAGCGGCGGCCCGCGCCAAGGCAAACACGCCUCCGCUUUCUGGAGGGAACCGCGGUGGCCCCUGGCGGGCCGUGUGUGGUCACUCGGAUAUUUUUCUCUUUCACGCAAAGUGAAGCCUUAUGUACAUAGCGGGACGGAUUUCAGGACACGAGUUUAUGGAUCUUAUAGAUCCCACUUCCCUUGCCAUCACUCCCCCUCGCCGCUAAUGAUGCUUGAUAUAUUUAAGAGAGAAGAGGUAGCUUUGCUGUAUUUAUUGUCGACUGCCGUCCAAAUGCUUUUGGAAUUUUCUGGCUUUUGCGCGGACAUUAAUUAAGACCAGAUGAGCACACAAAAAAGGAAUCCAGAGGCUGAGAGUUUGCUGGCUAAAUGAAGAUGUUAUUGGCUGCAGAUAAUGUCAGUUGGAUGAUGAUGACUCUUUUUUUGUUUUUGUUUUUUGUUUAAUCGUGGACUAUAAAUUUCACAACAUCUGGACAAUGAAAGAAUAGGUCCAACUAAUUAUGUCAUGAAACAUUUGAGGAAAUGGAGGGCAAAAUGUCAGCUAUGCAAAAAGGAAUUCAGAACAUUUAAAUUAUUUUUUUCCUGAAGUGACUGUAGCUCACUCCACAUAUGAAACAUUUUUUUUCUCAUGUAUAUUUUGUACUCACUCCUAUUUAAUUGACCGACGUUGUACAUAGUCCAGUGUAAAUUUUUGUAAAUAUCACAUGGUAAUAUUUUUGAACUUCACAGCAACUUGGCUGAAUCUAUUUUUUAUAAUGUCUAUCAAAGCUGCUACUUUUGUUUUUGUGUUCCGUUGUAUUAUUCCCAUUUCAAUUAAAAGAAAAAAACGAAAACUUUGCAGUGAGACACAAUCACCUCUGGCUGACAUGAUUUAUGAUAUGAC